GAAACAUGGGGAUUUAAAAAAAUGAAUCAAUGCAGGAUCUGAACAUUGAUUUGAACUGCAAGUGAAGCUACAGCGUCAGCGGUGUCCUUAAGUAGCUUUUCAUGGCUCCUCGCGGGUCAUGUAAGGACAUUUUGGCUGCCAGCCGGGGUGAGAAGUGUUUACAGUCCUUUGUGUUGACAUUCCAGAGUCUGCUCUUUGUGAGGAAUAUUAUACUAUUAUAACACCGAUCUAACCCCCCAGCUAAUGGUAGAAAUUAAGAUAACUUGUUUAAACACUUAGCAAAAAUGUUUGGAGAGACCAGAAAAGUCGCCGAGGAAUGACGUCAGCACGUAUUACAUUGAAUGAUGACGCCGUUCGAUUAUUAAAAAAAAAAAAAAUCAGCCGUUUAAAAAAUAUCUGAGAAUUGGGUCAGUGCACGAGGCGGGACAGACGGGUUCAGAAUGCGUCCUCUCCGCUCCAGACCUUUUUGAAUAAGCAAGCAUGUGAACCUUCAGGGCCCUGCCGCAGUUCUCUUUCCUAAGGAGCACACAGUCUGACAAUGUCGAGUCGCCGGAAAUCCACCACACCAUGCAUGGUGCUGCCUUCUGAUGUGUUAGAGCCGGAGACCGCAGAGGACAAAACAGAUCGGGUGAAGGAGAAAGAGGCAAACGAUGAAGACAAAGAGGAGAAAGUGAAGGAAGCAAAAGAGCUAGGCUCCACUUCAGAGGAGCAUGGUCAGGUUGUAGUGGUUGUUCCCACUCCACCUGCUGCCGAUGAGGUGAGUGUCUCCGCUGUAGAAUGCAAUGAAGAGGCUGACUGUACGUUGAGGAGCGGAACUGCAGAUCCUCCCGAGGAUUCAAGUGCCGAUCCGUCUCUCCAAGAGCAGCAGAAGGAUUCACCUGGGGGAGGAGGAGGAGGAGGAGGAGCAGACCCCGCUGCCAUGUCCGCCAUUUCUCUCAGUAAAACUCCAAUUAUGAGGUUGAGGACCAAAUCAGAACCCAAGAGAAUCGCAGUGUCCCUGAAGUCUGUCGAUGAGAUUGCAGAGGGUUUGGCGGCAGCGGAUGAGAGGGAGCUGGGUGGAGAGCUGGAACCAAUAGAAGCCCCUCUGGGACCCAUGACACCCGUGGAAAUGUUUCUGCACGACUCAGUGAAGUUCGGGGGAGGCAGCUUCCUGUUCAGUCCACCAUCAGAACAGCAGAGAAAAUCGUCGGUUUUAAACCCCACCGUUGUGCCUGCUGGCCUGGCACAGGUCCUUUCUGCGUUUCAGGCCCAACAAAGUGCAGCAGCAACAUCUCAUCCUCAGCUGCUGAUUCCUGUUAGCAGCAUCCCCUCCUACAGUGCAGCCAUGGACACCAACCCCCUCCUCUGCAGUGCUUACAAGAAGUUUCCCUACCCCUCCAUGGCAGAAAUCCGCAACCUGGCAGCACAGACACAGUUCACAGAGGAACAGAUAAAGGUGUGGUUGUCAGCCCAACGACUGAAGCACGGCGUGAGCUGGACUCCAGAGGAAGUCGAGGAGGCCAGGAGGAAACAGUUCAACGGAACGGUCCACACCGUGCCUCAGACUAUCACCGUCAUACCUGCACACCAGCUGUCAGCUGCUGCUAAUGGACUGCAGUCCAUCCUGCAGACCUGCCAGAUAGUUGGCCAGCCUGGCCUCAUGUUCACACAGGUUUGUCCAGGUGGACCUCUUCCAGUGACUAAUCCUAUCACCCUGACCGUGACGGGACUGCCCACUCAGUCCCAGAGCGCCACCAAAUCUUGUCAGCCUUCUCCAGCAAACAGCGAACUGAAACGGGCUACCACGAUCCAGCCUCCAUCUCUGUCUCCUCAGGAGAACUCGGCACUCAGUGCUGAUAACUUCAACAUGCGACCUAAGAAAUCCAAAGAGCAGCUGGGAGAGCUGAAGGCCAGCUACAUGAAAAACCACUUUGUUACAGAUGCAGAAAUUGCCCGCUUGAUGAAAAUUACCAACCUGACAAAGGGGGAGAUCAAAAAGUGGUUCAGCGACACCCGAUACAACCAGCGCAACUCCAAAAACAGUCAUGUCAUCAUUUUCCACGACGGAGGGCCGAGAGAAGGUAGCAGCUUUAGCAGUGCUGCCAACACCCCAAUAGUUAUCGACUCAAGCGAUGAAACGCCAGCUUCUCCUCAUCCUCCACACACUCCUCCUGUCAAGGAAAAAGAGUCACGGCCCAAAACAUGGAACCCUUUUCCCGACUUCACACUACAGAAGUUUAAGGAGAAGACUCCAGAGCAGCUUGUGGUGCUGGAGGAAAGUUUUGAGAGAAGCAGCACUCCGACCGACGAGGAGCUGAGUCGACUCAGGACGGAGACAAAACUGACAAGAAGGGAGAUUGACGCCUGGUUCAGCGAGAGGCGAAAAGUUCCAUCUGCAAGUUCUUCGUUCCCAGACUCCGGGAGAGGGAAAGGGAAGACGGACGCUACAAAGACAGGAGAGGCAGAGGAAGCAGAUUCAUAUUCCCCCUCUGCCUCCUCAUCUCGAAAGGACAGCCAAACUCCUCCAGGAAGUUGCAGCAAGAGGCCGCCUGGGUGCAGCAAGAAAGAAAUGAGAGAUAAAACGAAAAAGACUCCGGAGCAGCUCCAUAUUCUAAAAUGUGCCUUUGUGCGGACCCAGUGGCCCACCCCAGAGGAGUACGACCAGCUGUCGGAGGAGAGUGGCCUUCCUCGACCCUACAUCGUCAGCUGGUUUGGGGACUCGCGGUACUCCUGGAAAAACGGAAACCUGAAGUGGUUCUUUCAGUACCAAAGCGGCAGCGUGGAGAGGCCGAGCAGCGGGAGCGGCAGUAAACCGGGAGGGGCUGGCGGGGGUCGCAAAAGACGUGGGCGAAACCGUGGUUGGGGCCGAUCCCGGAGCAGGAAGCAGCCAAAGAGAUCCAGCCAUUCAAGUGCAGAUUAUAAAUGCCCCCUGUCUAAAAAAUUCAAGACCGGGAAGGACUUUUUAAAGGAUUACUACUUAAAACACCACUUUCUCAAUGAGCAGGAUCUGGAUGAGCUCGUCACCAAGACUAACAUGAGCUACGAACAGGUGAGGGAGUGGUUCGCUGAGGUCCAGAAACGCUUGGAUAUGGGCGCCGACCCCUUCAUGGAGCUGGCCUCGGGGCGAGCAGACGGAGACAAAAGAGGGGAGCUAGGCGAGACAUCAGCGCCCACCGAGGAGCGGAUAAGCCCGGGGAUGGGAGAUGAAGAUGACGACGAUGAUGCUGAAGAGGAUGACGGUGAGGACACGGACGACAGCGAGGUUUGGGAGCCGUCGCGUAGCGUCAAGAAGUCCUUGUCCGUUUCAGAAGACUAGUGAGAACGGAAGGCAGGUUGGAACUUGAAUGUUACAAGAGGAGAUCUGCAUUAAUUCAUGCUGGAAGACUUUUAGCUAAACCAAUCGUGUUUUAUUUCCCUCCUAAUAGGCUUGUCUGUCACCUUAAAUAUUCCUAAUUUGAUUGUUUUUUUUAAACAUGUCUCUGUGACUAAAUAAGUGGACUAUUAGCUUUAGCUCACUCUUUCAGUACUUUUACUAAAAGUUAGAAAGUCUGAUGAAAGUUGGCUUGUGUUACACAAAGUGUUGUCAAAGUUCACCAUUCACAGUCUUUAAGAUGAACCGAUGACAAAAAAACUCUUCAGAUCAAAUAAUUACCCCAAACUAAAUAAUCCAUCCAUUCAUUCAUCACUCUGAAGAGGUGAUGGAUCCUGUGAGGAGUUUACCGUUUGCGCGUCCUCCUCAGAUUUACCUGUCUUGCUGGAUUCAACCUGAAAGGGUGUGGUUAUUUAUGUGUUUGUGUUAGGAGUGUUCUAAUGUUACAAGUAAGUUGAGAUUCGAACGUAAUGAAUGUCUCACCACGCGUUCUGCACGAAACCACUGAAAAAGGACUUUCAAAAGUGACAAGCGUGUCAACCGUUUGAGAUCCCUGCUGAGCAGCGUCCACAAGGACGGCGUCAAAUAUCCGAUAGUGGAUGUUUGUUGUUUUGUUUAUGUUUAUUUCUAGCACCUUUAAAGUGAUCUCAAGUGCCAGAUAAUGCAAAUCAGAAGAUUUUUGAGCAUUGUUUGAUGUGAAAAACGGAGGCCUACAGUUGUGCUUUUAAGUAGUAAUAUGAACCCUGCUCAUCCCUCGGUGAUAAUGAUUUAUAAAUGAUCUGAUUUGAUUAUGCACAGGUUUUAAACGUGAUGUGCCACAUGAUCUUCUGCAGAUUUAAAGACAAUAGACCUGUUGUGCCAAAGCACUGCACAAUGACUAAUGUCCACUGCUAGAUGGACACCGUUUUCACAGAAAGCAGUAUUGAAGUCGCAGACCAAACUCUGUAAACGACAGCUCCAGCUGCAGAUCCAGGGCAGAUGUGGAUAAAAAAAAAAUUCUGAAUCAAAACCCUUGUCGUUUUAAAGCAUUUUAAAUUAAAAUGUGAUUCUGCACUGGAAAAAAAAUCAUAGGAAGCACCUCAAUCCAAAAGAAAAAUGCACUUUGUCCACUUUUAAAAUGAGUGGAAUAAAUCCUGAUUAGCCACCUUACUCUCAUUAAACCAUGAAAUGGCUCUGAGAGACCAAAACACACUGAACCAUUGUUUGGCCUUUUUUUUUACUUGAUCAUCAAUGGAUGUUUAUUGAAAAGAACAAUCUGUUGUACAAAUUUCAUCUUUUGUAACCCCAUUAUUGACAAAAGGCUGCUCUUUUAAUGUAAAAAAUGAGACUUGAUCUUUUCCUUAAAAUGACUGGAAUUUGUCUUUGGUCUUGUUUUGUGACACAAAUGGUACAGCACCUUCCCAAAAACCAAUUUCUGUAAAUGUUAUCAAUGCCUUGUCCUCUACAAUUGCCUGCAACAACAACAGACUGACAUGCAGACAUGCUUUUAUAGUUAGGAU